GCUCAAUCUACCCUGCUUCCCAAACACCACAGGCCCCGCACCAGACCAUCUCCUCCGGUCCUCCCACUACACCUCUGAACCACUCAGAAUAAGAACUCAUCGGAGACACAACCAAAUCACACGCGAACCAACUGAUCAAAGCAGCCAGCUAGCCAUGGGCAAGGACUGCGGCAACCACGGCGACGACCACCUCCGGAACGGCUGCCGGCGCCUCCUGGCCGUGCUCCUGGGCCUGGCGUUCAUCGUCGCCAUCAUCGCCCUCAUCGUCUACCUGGUGCUCCGCCCCACCCACCCGCGCUUUUUCCUCCAGGACGCCUCCCUCCGGCAGCUCAACCUCUCCAACUCCUCGGGCCUCCUGUCCACCUCCCUCCAGGUCACCGUUGCCUCCCGCAACCCCAACGACCGGGUUGGUGUCUACUACGACCGCCUCGACGUCUACGCCUCCUACAAAUACCAACAGAUCACUGUCGCCGCCUCGCUCCCGCCGGUCUACCAGGGCCACGGCGACGUCGACGUAUGGUCGCCGGUGCUCGACGGGCCCAACGUGCCCUUCGCACCCUACCUCGCCAGCGCCAUCUCCCAGGACUGCCAGGCGGGCUACCUCAUCCUCCAGGUCAAGAUCGACGGCCGCGUCAGGUGGAAGGUCGGCAGCUGGAUCUCUGGCCACUACCACCUCUUCGUCACCUGCCCUGCCUUCCUCGUCACCAGCGGCGGCAACGGCGCACCAGGGGCUAGUGGGUUCAAGUUCCAGACGACCACUUACUGCCACGUAGAGGUCUAGUUUAUCACAGCUAGCUCCAGGGGUCCAGUCGCCGGCGAGAGGUAGGUUUCUUCUUGGCUUGUGUACCAUAGUGACCGCAGAGGCACAGAUCGAUCGGUGGUAAUAAUUACACUAUUAUAUGUGGGGUUGUAAGUGUAAAGCAGAGGUCCACGGUUUACCAUUUACUCCCUCUGUAAAUUAAUAUAAAAACAUUUAAAUCAUUCUUUUAGUGAUGUAAACGUCUUUAAAUCAUUCUUUUAGUGAUGUAAACGUCUUUAUAUUAAUUCACAGAGGGAGUAUAAUCAUGGGAGGAUGCACAUGAGUUGUUUCAUGUUUGAUAACUGUAGUACUAGUACUGUACCAGAAUUCUGGAGUUCUGUUUGGUGA